AUGAGUGAUGGAGGCCGAGCGUCUGUCCCUCCCGAGGGCAAGAAGUCAAAAUCUGAUGUCCUCCAACGAGCUCCGCACUCAAAACCUCCGUUCACGCUCGGUGAACUCAAGAAAGCCAUCCCUCCCCACCGUUUCCUGCGAUCUAUUCCUCAAUCUUUCUCCUAUGUCGUAUAUGACCUCACCGUUGCCUUUAUCUUCUUCUAUGUUGCCACCAAAUAUUUCCAAAACCUACCUCAACCUCUCUGCAACCUAGCCUGGCCACUCUAUUGGAUGUGCCAAGGUUGUGUACUAACUGGUGUUUGGGUCAUAGCCCAUGAAUGUGGCCACCAUGCGUUUAGCAACUACCAAUGGCUUGAUGACGCUGUUGGCUUUAUCCUACAUUCUGCUCUCCUCGUUCCAUAUUUUUCGUGGAAAUUCAGUCACAGGCGCCACCAUUCAAACACUGGCUCCCUGGAGCGCGAUGAAGUAUUUGUACCCAAAGUCAAGUCUGAAAUCCGAGGUUUUGCCAAGCUUCGGAACAAUCCACCUGGCAGAGUUAUCUUACUUCUUGUCAAGCUAACUUUAGGGUGGCCUCUAUAUUUACUGUUCAAUGUCUCAGGUAGACAUUAUGAACGUUUUGCGUGCCACUAUGACCCUCAUUGCCCGAUUUACCUGGACAGUGAGCGCAUGUUGAUCCUCAUUUCUGAUGCUGGUGUUCUAGCUGUCAUUUAUGGGCUUUAUUGUCUUGUGGCAUCUAAAGGACUUGCUUGGGUUCUUUGUGUUUAUGGUGGUCCAUUGCUCGUCGUCAAUGGAUUCCUAGUCUUGAUCACUUAUUUGCAGCAUACCCAUCCUGCGCUGCCUCAUUAUGAUUCCACCGAGUGGGAUUGGUUACGCGGAGCUUUAGCAACUGCUGACAGAGAUUACGGGAUUCUAAACAAGGUAUUCCACAACAUAACAGAUACUCAUGUGGCGCACCAUCUUUUCUCGACAAUGCCACACUAUCAUGCAAUGGAGGCGACCAAGGCAAUCGAGCCGAUAUUAGGGAAUUACUAUCAGUUUGACAGGACACCAAUUUUUAAGGCAAUGUGGAGAGAAGUCAAGGAGUGUGUCUAUGUGGAACAAGAUGAGGGAGACCAGAAGAAAGGUGUAUACUGGUACAAAAACAAGCUUUAG